CGGGUCGAAAGAUCGACGUGCCGAGCAACUCCCUCCCCCGAAAUAGAACUCUUUUUACGCGAAACAGCCGGGUUCUUCUCCCUUUCUUCAAUGUUUGCCAUGCACGCCGAGAAAGCCAGACAAAUUGCGCAUGUGUCAUGGAGCCCGUUGCGAUGUCGGGUCGAAGAUAUAUUGUCGGGCGACCUGCAAUCGGAACUGUACGAGUUCCCGCCUCUCCCUCACCACCCUUCUCGUCAAGAACUAGGGUGUUUAAAACUUCUAAUUUGGAGAUCUUCGCGAUCUCUGUACACUCGCUUGUUCGCGUCACUCGCUCCAACAUUUGUUUAUAAUGCGUACUUUUACUCUAAUAGGCCUUGCGGCCGGACUCGCCAGUACAGUUUCUGCGGCUUGCAGUGCUGCCCUCAAGAUUGACGACUUCUCGAAAUGGUCGAGCAACACCAACAGCCUGGGUGAAUGGACGAGCGAUGAUGGUUCCAUGACCACCAUUUCAGCAACCGGUGGCGUGCUCUCUUUCAAGCCUAAGUCCGGUUCUUACUUCUACGAGACCUUUGCUUGCCAGGCCGCAUCCACAAAUGGCUACAAUUCUGUGCAAUUUAGCGUCAAGGGACCAUCCGGCGGAUCCCUUACUCUGGAAAUUCAGACAAAAACCUCUUGCUCGGCAACAGCCUAUACUUCCAAAUACUUUACCGUUAGUAGCUUGACUGGAUCUACUCAGACCAUUACCGUCCCACUCAGCUCCUUUUCCGGCGCCAACGCCAACGCAAUCACUGCUUUCGUCUGGUCAGGUUUCUCGAGCACAACCGCGACAUGGCAGCUAUCCAGCAUCCAGUUUGGCUGCGGCUCGAGCGGUGGAGCGAGCUCUACGAGCAAACCGGCUUCUUCGUCUGUUAUACCGGCUUCUUCAACUUCCGUGAAGCCCUCUACGUCGUCGGUUCCAACUUCCGUCGUAGUACAAUCAACGAGUAAGCCCGCCAGCACCACGUCUGCUCCACCGUCUACUCUGGUAACUUCCACCAUACCAUCUGGAUCCUGCACGCCUCUUCUGGUUGAUGACUGGACUUCUCAGUCGCGCUUGACUUUCUUGUUCUACAAUGCUAUGCUCGAACCAACUUCCGAUGAUGGGACUAUGACGUCUCUCGUUGUUGGCUCACCAAGCGCCAAUCGUGUAACCCUUACCCCUAAGGGUACAGAUUCGUACUUCUACUCGCAAACCGGAUGUCUGAACGCAAAGAAUAUCUACGGCGGUCUCUCACUCCGCGUUAAAGCUCCCGCUGGCACGACCUUCUCAAUCCAACUCGAGUCUUCGUCAACUUGUGAGGUUGGGAAAACUGUUCAAGUCGUCCAGACAACUUCACAGCUUGGAUGGACUUUUGAUGGCACUGAGAAGGUGUAUACGAUCCCGUUCUCCAAAUAUACUAAUCUGGACACAAGCAAAAUAGUCACUAUUUUCUUCACUGGGUUCACAAAAGCAGUCUCAUUUGGCCCACUGGCCUUCUAUUGCGGCACUACCGGGUCUGAGUAUAUUGUUACUACUACGACUCCUCCAGCUGGCCCUUCAUCCACUGUCGCAGCGCCCACCGGCACUGCCGCCGCUCUUGUUAUCGACAAGUUCGCGAGCAAGGAUUCCAAUGCGCUCGGAUUCUGGCACGGUGGUGACGACGGCAUGGGUCUGACCUGGGGUAGCAGUAAAUUGACUAUCAAGUCAACCGAUUCCGACUACUCGUUCUACACUCAGGUCUCAGGAUCCUGCAGCGACUUCUCUAAAUACAAGGACUCCUACUUGCACAUUGCGUACUCUGGCACCACUGCCUUCAGUGUCGCACUACAGCAACAUAACAGCGGUUGUAAUGAGAACGUUUCACCUUUCCCUGAGACUUGGGAUUCUCUUGAGGCCUCCCGCUAUGCGGCGAAUGGCCACAUCUACAUGCCGAUGAACCACUUCAACAUCAACCUGGUCCGCACGAUUGGCAUUGCAAUCAAAGGUUUCUACAAGACUGACACCGUGGCUCUCUCUCUCGUGGAAAUCGUGCCAUCCGUUCCAACAGGCUUCAUCAUCCCGAACAAGCUCGAAUCUGGCGAUCUCGUUUUUGCUUGCAAGCGCCCGAACUCAUUCGCUUUUGCCAUUGAUGAUGGUGACCCAACCAUGGCUCAACAAGUCAUGCAGAUUAUCAAAUCGGAGAAUAUCAAAGUCACCUUCUUCACCGUCGGCGCUCCCCUUUUGGACUCUUCGACGAACCUGACAAACGUGUAUCGUGAGAUGCAAUCCCAGGGCCACCAGAUCGCUCUGCACUCUUACACCCACCCUAAGAUGGAGGGACUUCCGGACUACGCUUCGAUUGACUGGGAGUACAAUGAGGAUAUCAAGGCUGUGCAAAAGCAACUCAAUGGCCUCCAUACUCCAUACUUCCGACCCCCCUUCGGUACCGAAGGUGCCCGUAUGCGACAGCGUCUGGCCCUAGCAUUAGGCGAGAAGCCUACUAUUACAAUGUGGUCCGUUGACGUAGAGGACUGGCUAUGGGCAGAGACAAACACCCCGGAGGAACAGCUCAAAGCAUUCCAGCGUGAUGUUGAUAAGGGUGGAAGUUUGGUCGUUAUGCAUUACUUGUACCCGAGCACGGUUUCUUAUCUUAAGCAGUUCAUUCAGAUCGCAAAAGCGACAGGGAAGCAGUUGAUGAGAGUGGAUCAGUGUAUGAUGGAUCCUAAUGCACCGCCUUUGUAGAUAAGGGGUGAGGGGAGGGAUAGGGUGAUUAGUGAUUGUGAGAUGAUGAAAACGAAGAAGGAUGAGAAUAGCGGUUUGCAUUGCUUUGCAUUGGAU